AUGGAGAUGAAAGUAUAUUUGGAUCUCUUGAAAGAACCAAGGCCAUUGUCACAAUUAGAUCUGAAGAAAGUUGUUGUCACAUCAAAAAAAACAUUGGUUGCCGCGAGUGAGUAUACCAGGUUAAGCUCGCGAUCACCGGGAUGGCCAAGUCAUGGGGAGCCAGAUGAUUACCAUGUCCAAGCUGCAAUCAGUGAGAUCUCUAAGGUGGUGGUUUCCCAAAUGUUGAACCUUCGGUCGGAUACCUCAAAUCCUUGA